AUGAAAAAAGAGAAAAGAAAUGACAAAAGAAAAACUUCUUAAGCUUCUCUUUAUCGGGCUUCAAUCACAAUUACUGAAAUUCCUGAUAAUCUGAUUAAAAAAAAUGAUAUUUUGGCAGAGGAAAUAUAAAAAACAGUGAAAACACUUACAUUUUAAUAAAGAGUUGCUAAAGCAGAAAGACAUAUUUAUGAUGCUUAUUAUUUUAGAACAAUACGCAAUGACAUUGAUGAAACUGAUAAGAAAUUUCUAAAAAUUUUAUGGAUUAUUGAGAAUUAGUACUUUUGGAUUUAAUUCCAAUUCAUAUUAACUUUAUUAUAUUAAUUGAUGACUUUCUUUGAAUCAGCAGCAACAGAUGGAUUAGAAGGAUUUAUCUUAUCAUUUUUUGGUUUAGAUACUAUCAUAACAGUAAUUUUGUUAACAAAAAAGAAGAAAGGAGGUUUUGGAUUCAAAUUUAAUUUAAAAAGAUAACUUAAAAUUUUCUUUUUUUCUAUGUGUUUACUAGAUUAUUUUAUUCAUCUUGGUGAUCCUAGUAUAAUAAGAUUUAGUAAAAUCUUAAGAGCUUUAUUAAUGCCUUUAUAUUCAAAAGAUUUGAGAAGGACUUUAAAAGGGAUAAUGAAAGCAGGUCGAGAUUUAUUUUUAUUGAUAGCAUUAUAUAUAUUCGUAAUUUCGAUAUUUUCAUUUAUAGGCAUAAAUUUGAUAGGAGAAUUAGAUAAUGUUGAUAAAAAAACCUAAGAUUACGGAAAUUUUUUAAAACUUUUUUCUAUGUUACUAAUGACUGCAACUCUUGAUUUUUAUCCUGACAUAUUAAUACCGCCAAUGAUGUAAGGAACCUAUUAUGCUUUAUUCUUUAUUAUUUAUUUAUUGUUAUUUAUUUUUCUGUUUGCACCUAUUCCAUUAGCAGUAGUGUAUGAAGGAUUUCGAAAUCAUAGAAUGGAAAUAGCAAUUAGCGAUAUAAUAAAAUAGAAAUCAGCUAUGAUGGCUAGUUUUAUUUCUUUAGAUUUUGAAGAUUAAGGAUUUUUAGCUGAAACAUAGUUUAAGGAUUUUAUAAGAGUUUUCUAUAAAAAUUAAUUAUCAGAACACAAACUUUAACAAUUAUUUGGAGAAAUUGAUAAAGAUUUCAAGUAAAACAAAAAUAAUAAUUAGUGAUAAAGUUUAAUUUGAUGAAUUUUAUUAAUUAUUAAAAGUAUUGUAAGAAGGAACCAGAUUUAAUCUACCUGAGACUAAACCGUUAGAAUGUUGGGAAAAAAUAAGAGCAUAUUUAAAUUAAAGAGGUUUAAUGUAAUUUAUAGAAGGAAAUCUUUUUGGAACAAUCAUGUUGAUAGUAACUCUUACAAAUUGUAUACUAAUUAUUAUAGCAUUUUUUAUUGAGGAUAUUAAUGUCUUAGAUAUAUUCAAUUCUUUAGACACUAUGUUCUUAGUAAUUUAUUCUUUAGAAUGUAUGAUUAAGAUUGUUGCACUUGGAAUAAGAGAAUUUUUUAGAGAAGGAUGGAAUGUUUUUGAUAUUUUAUUGGUUAUUCUAUAAUUAGUUUUUGAUUAUGUUUUAUUUAGUGUAGUAAGUGAGAAUAUUGUACAAUCUAUUAAGGCAAAUAGAAUAUUGAGAUUAGCAAAAAUAUAGAAAGUUUUUCGGUUAUUUAGAGCAUUUAGAUCAGUUAAAAUUAUUAGUUUUUUACUAAAAGGAGUAGAAUUUUUGGAUGUUGUUAGAAGAUUAUUAUAUAAAAUUUUAUUCUGUAUUCCUAUAAUAUUAAGAUUGAUGAUGCCAGUUUAAAUGGUGUUCUUUAUUUAUGCUACAAUUGGCAUCUAUGUAUAUGGUGAUGUAGAAACAGUUCCUGAUAAUCCAUAUGCCAAUUCUAAAUGUGAUCCAAAUGAAUUUUAACACUCUUGGGGAGAUUGUAAAUAUGCUGAUUUUAAAACAUUUAGUGGAGCAUAUUUGAUGAUGCUUCAAUUUUUUAUUGCUGCUGAAUGGAAUUAAGUUGUAUUCGAAUUAACUUAUGAUACUGAAAAUAUGUUUUCAGCUAUGAUUUUUAUUGGGUCUUUUGAAUUUUUGUCUAUAUUUUUAUUAGCUUUAAUUAGUGGACUUGUUUGGGAAGUAUUUACUAUUGUAUCAUUAUCAAUCAAAUAAGAAGAUGAAUAACUUGAAGAUCAAGAUGAAAUUUCAAAUGAAAUUCAAUUAGACACAAAAAUAAAUGGAAUUUCUGGGAUUACUUAAUUAAAAAAAAAAACAAGAAUUUUAAAUGAUGACAAUCCAGAUGUUAUUUAAUUUUAAUAAAAAGAUAAAUAAGAUUUAAAAGAAGCCAAUCCAGCUUUUAGAACUAUAUCAGAACAAUUUUAAUAAGAUACUUUUAAUGAAAAUAAGUAAAAAACUAUAGAAAAUUCAUAAGUCAGAGUUGUGUAAAUUGCUCAUUCUAAAAGUAUCAUAAUAAUCAAAGGCCCAGAAUAUAAACCAUAUGAUGUUGGUUCAUUAUAUAAAUAACAUUUCAAAGAUUAUCAGAGUUUUUUAGAAUAAAAAUAAAACAGCGAAGGUUUUGAUUUACAGAAUGUAACAACUGAAUAUAUGAACCAUUUAAGAAAUGAAAUAAAAAAGGAAGAAUUACGUAAUAAAAAAUACAUAAACAUUUCUAAUCAUCAAUUAUUAAUAUAAAAUGCAGUACUUAGAGAUGCUUCUGAAGUUUACAUUAAGUAAUAGGAGGACGAAUUUUUAAAAACAUCUUACAGAGAGAAAUUUGAAAGAAUUUAGGAAUUGAAAUUUUAAAGUAAAUUUAAAGUUGAGAGUAAAAUAUUAUUUUCUUUGAUGGGAAUUUUAAAAUUUCCUAAACCAAACAUUAAAUAUUACUUUUAGAUACUUUAUCUAAUUGAAAACUAUUUCACAUAUUAAUUAUUACCUGAAAGUUCUUUUUUUAAAUUACUGCAUCAAAUUAAUAAUAAAUGGUAUUUAAUAAGUAUAGAGGAUACAGAAAUAUGUUUUAAUAAAUUGCAUUAAGGUCCUUGGGAUUAUUCUGAUACUUUAUUUAAGACUUGUAACCUUUAGAUUUGUGAUAAUUUGAGAAGUUUUAUAGAUUAGGACACAUAUGAGAGCAAAACAACAGUUGAAGAAUUUAAAUUAAGUUUAAGCAAAUUAGCAAAGAAUUUUGAAAUGGAUAUCACUUCAGUAGAUGUUAAUAGUAGUUGUAUUCUUUAUUAAAUUACAAAUGAUUAAUUUGAAUAUGAUACUAAUUCGAUAAAAUUUAAAAGAAGUAAACAUCUUUAUUUUAUGAAUAGCUCAAGAAGAUAUCUCUCCAGAGUAAAAAUUUGUAGCUUUGGAAUCCCAUAAUAAUACAAAACAUUAUAUUCAUCAUUAAGAUUCUUAAAUAUCUGAUGAGCAUAAACAUGUUAGCAAAACAAUAAUGUUUGUCUUGACUAAAACUUAAGCUUAAGAACAAAGAAUAAUCUAUUAAAACUAAGUUAUGCUAGCAUAAUUUAUAUUAGAUCUAGCUGGAGUAAUUCAUAAUUAUUCUCAUAAUUUUUUUUAAUAAAUUGAGGAUUUAUAUACUUUGAGACUUAAAUAAAGAGGUAAAGGUUUAAAGAGAUUGUGA